GACGUCAAAUAAUGAGUGUAAAAUGCGGAAGCGCUACGUGGAUAAUCAUUUAUAUCCACUUUAUAUGCCAUUCGCUUAUUAUUUAACAAGAUUCUCCGGCCCUUUUUUGGAAAAUCGAAACAAACCAGCCAAGGAAAUGCAACAGCUGCUUUUGUGUUUAAAAGGAAGCAUGUUUCACUAAGCUUGCAUCUGAAACACAAUUGAAACUCGCUGCCUGCUGCCAGAGAUCCAAAACCACAGCUACAAAGACAUCUAAAGUUAGGUCUGGCGUGAGGCUGGUGCUUGCUCCAACAAUCCCUGUCGAUCCUGUUAAAGUUUGAAAAAGACUACUGAUGUAGAAAGGACUUUCUUGGUGUUUAUUGUAUUCAUCUGAAUACCUGGAUAAUAACAGGAGUAGUUUUAUGUAAUGGGUGAAUGUAUGUUGGACAGCUAUGAUGAAGAUGAUUUUCAGAAUUCUGAGGGAUUUGACGCCGAUUGGUCCACCUUUAGCUCUGCUGACUGGGCAGAGCCUCGACAGGACGACAACAGGUCAGACUGGUCUGAAUUCCAGGACAAUACCAGGAAAGAGGAAGAAUUAUCUUCCAUACCUGUGGUAGAAACAGGAACUUCAGAGCUUCCCGAAAAAACGGAAAAUGAGAACCAGGCAGAUGUCCAGUUUGUUUUUCAUGACUGUUUUCAUGAUGGUGAGGCAGAAAAAGAAACUCUCAAGAUGGAAAUCCCUACACUGUUCCAGCUACUGCACAGCAAAACAGAUCUGCCCUCUCAGCCUGUAGGAAUAUCAAGUGAAGCUGCAAAUUUCUGGUGUCAUCUACAGUCAGAUGUUCUCAGACUGUCAGGCAUCAGACCCAAAUUACACUGCAGGGAAAAACUCCUGAAAACACUUCAGCUCAGACAACCUGACACAGACACAUCCUCACAGAGCUCAAUUCUUUCUGAUCUUAAACUAGAAGAGCUUGAGGACCUUCCUGUAGCACUUAUUCAAACCAAGCUGCUACCACCAUCAAACUGUCGGAAUGCACCAGGAUUCUUCUAUCAGAUCUCACAGCAGUGGCUCGGCCAGCACAGAUGGACCCCGAAAAACCCGCUACAAUAAUUCUCAGUCACAUUUACACAUCACACUAUUUCCAAAGACUAAAAAAAGAAUAGUUUACCCAAAUCUGUCACCGUUCACUCAUCAUGACAUUCAAAACUCUAUAUAUGUUGUUUUAUUCUGUGUAACAUUUUAAAGGAGCUCAUUUUAGUUUAUACUGACCAUACUUUAUACUGACGUAAAGCUUUAAAGAAUUAAACUACUAAAUGUUAUGAGGAACAAACCCACAUAAAAUAGCAAUCAAAUCAGAUAUGGUAGCUAAAACCAUGAUAUGCACGAAAAUCAUUUGGUUAAUCUCAAUGACGUUUCACUUGCGUCACUAUACCCUAUUUUUGGAUGAACUAUUUCUUUAAAAAAGUCAACAUUAAAUGUACACUGCCUAAAUGUGUACAAACAGUAUAAACAAACACAAGCAAGGUCUUCUGACAGAAACUCUGUCAUACACGACUCCAGGAAGAGCCUGUUACAAAGAGUGCGGCACAAAAGCACAAGGACGUACCUCUAUGCACAAUAGGUCAGGAAGAAAUUCCUUACAUGAAGAAAAACGCAUUGCACAAGCUAUUAUAAAUAGCCCAUGGACUAUAGAGUGUGCAGCUAACAACAAUAUUCUGUAUGCUCUCAUACAGAGGAAACGAACAGUGAUUUAUAUAUUUUGCUGCCUUAUAAGACUAUGAAUGCUAUUUUAUUACGUGUGCACUGCCAUUUGAAAUGUUUUACUUUUUGAUGUUUUAUAUGAGU